AUGUUUGGUCUCUCCACGUUACAUUGAAACAAUCAUCAAAUCCUUGUGUCUAACAUACUCUUUAAUAUCUCUGCCGUGGUCGACGAGGAGUUUCUCACUAAGUGAAAGAACUUCUGGAUUCCAGACUAAUUGUGAACUGUCUUCGAGUAGAAAAAGGUAUAUAUGCUAGCUUUUUUUUUCCCUUUGUGUGACAAAAUGAUUUUAUAUAGCUAAUGGCUUAAAGGAGUCAUAAGAGGAUCGUGCGUUAUGUGCUUUUGUGCUGCCUACAAAGGAACUCAGGUUUGCGAUUGGACCUACAUAUAUAAUGUCCUAGCAGGCAGAGCCGGCCCUAUGGGGAAGCAGACCAAGCAUGUGCUUCCGGCCUCAAUAUAAUAAUUAACAUUUCGGCCACAUUGUUGAAUAUAAUCCUUCAGCAGAUUUGGUUCUGCAUCUUUAAGAAUAGGGAAGAGGUACCAGGUUCGAAUAUUUCUUUCCACAUUUACGUUUUUUCUUUGUUUUGUUUUAAUUUUAUAAAUUUAUUAGGCCCAAAAAAUUAUUUAGCUUGUGGCCCAUAUAAUGUCAGGACCGGCACUGCUAGCAGGUUGAUGUAAUAUUUUCAAUUUCCUUUCCACAGGUGGUAAGCCCCGACCGCGUACCAGCAUCAUGCUUCUAGGACAAACAAAGCGCCCACCGGAGUAAAUUUUUAUUGGAGUCUGUAUGCACAUGAUGUCAUGAAUUCAGUAAGAAUUUCUUUCUACUUUGCAUAUUGUACUUAAAUUCAAACUGUGUUACCUCUAACGUGAAGAUGAUUAGCCAACAUGGAGACUGCAUACGACAAGGGUUGCAAGAGUAUCUGGGUUUUUAUAGCAUCCUACAGUGACCACAAACUAAUUUUCACACUUGCACAUAUACAUAAAAAAUCCAAGAAAGCCGUGCAGUGUGAGAAAUCAAGCAACAACAAUACAACAUUGAUCUAUAAGAACUUUGAUGCAUGUCAAAUCUGAUGGAUUGUAAAGGAAAACACAAGGAUUUUGAUAAGUUUGUUUGGUGACUCAGUCUCUUACCUAUUCACAUGGUUUCUUUAGCUGGACUAAAAGCGUUCAAUAUAGAUGUUUUCUUUUCCUCCAGUUGAAUAUUGUAUGUUCUAUGGAUGCUACAGUUAAAUUGACUUGCGGAAGCAAGGUUCAGCUCUAAAGACACUCAAUCGAAAAGGAUUUAGCUGGCAACAUCAUUGGAUGAUCUAUACGUGGACGGCAUAGAAAAGCUUUCACGGUCACUCAAACGCGUAUUGUACAAGUAAGGAAACAAAAACAAUCUUUCAUGCUUUUAAUAUUUUUGGUUGCUGUGAAUUCUAACCUCAGUUCUUUUUAUUCACUACAAGAUCGAUGCUCCACUGAAUGAGAGGGAUGGAAGACUUCUAAUGAUGGUUAUACUUCUCCACCACAAUGGAGCUGCGAAAAUAGGAACAAGCUUCCAGUAAAUUAAGGUCUGGUUAAUGUGUUUGUCACUGGUUGUUCCCAACUCUGAUUGUGCUAUGUACAAUUAUACCAGUGUUUGUCUCAAGCUGUCUAAUUAUUUCUCUAACGAUCUAUAACUAUUCGGAUGAAGAUGAGACGCUAAGAAGGAUGAUAUACUAGGUAUGUUUUCACGUGCUAUCUAGCGGCUGAGGAAGUUUGCAACUAACUAUCUUAUUAUAUAAGAUACAAUCAUGUGUCAGACGUGGCCUACACAUAAUUUUUUUUAACUCACUGAACUUUCAUAUAUCUUUUUAUUUAGUGUUAGUUGGAUUGCUAAGUAAUCAGUAAGGCCUUAUUACAAUCUAAAUUUGAUGUCUUGUUUGCAAUUUCUAUUUUCUAAUAUUGGGAAAGUUUGGUGAUCAAAUCGGACUGGAUGGGAAGAUUUUAGCUGACGGAGAAACAAAGAAUUAUCAAAGAUAAAUUUACAAUUGUAAGAGCUCCCACAUGCAUCACAUGGUCUGUAAAAAAGAAUAUUCUUUGCUUAGAACAUAACAUAAUUGUUACAGGUAAGGUGUUAUCGCAAAAUGAUUACAAAAUUACACUAACUCACUUUCCAAUUUUUAGUUUCUUUCUCCUUAUUUUCAAAAAAGUUUAUUACUUCCUUUAAUAUUCACUUCAUAACUGUAAUUUUAUUUUAUAAACUCAUAAAAUAUGUUCAUUAGGCCUUUUAUAUUUGUAUUCGUCAUGCUUCACUUCAUAUUUGUUAUUGGCCAUGCUCUGCGUUUUUUUCAAGAUCACUAAUGUUAAAGAAAGGAUAAAAAAUGAUCUCAGCAUAUCAAUGAUAAUGUCAGUGCAAAAAAGAGAGAUAAAUGAAAAUGUAAAGCCGAAUUUAAGCCAAAUUGUUAUAUGUAAAUAUGGAUAGAAUUGGUUAAACAUGUAUUAUAUAAAACUACAUAUAUAAAUAUAAUUACUGGAUGAAUUAAUGUUAAGUAGUCCAAACCAUAAAAUAUCACACAUGGCUAAUAAGUUUAAAUGCUAUUUUCGUGAUUAAAACUGGAUGUUAGUUAGUUGGCUAGUAAUAUUAAUAAAUUGGAUUAAUUAUUUUCUAAAUACUAUUUUAGUGAUAAAACUAAAAAGUGCUAUUUGUGAGAUUUGCCAAAAAAAAAUAAAAUACAAGUUGUAUGGUAAAUUGUUUUUUUUAUCUAGUUGGAAUAAUUAAAGAUCAAGUCACUUCCAUGUAUCCUUUCGUAUAUCAAAAGUUGCAUUGAAACUAAAAUCGCUGGGAGAUUAUUUUACUGAUCUGAGCACGUCUAAAUAUUCCUGACCUGCUCAUAAAUUAAAGAAUAUGCUAUUUUCGGGUGAUAAAUUUGCAUUCUAUCAAACCCUUAGUGUGCUGUAGCAAAUUCAGUGGUAACAGAAAAUAGCUGGUAUUAUUUUCACUACAUUAUAUCAAUUAUUCCCAUUUUAACAUAAAUGAUCAUUUCAUUCACUGAUAUAAUAGCUAGAAAUAUUUUCAGAUUCGAUAUUAUCAAUGGGAAGGCCUGAUGUGGACUUUGAUGGACGAGUAGCACAACCUUCAAUACCACCAAUAAACAAUGUUAUAUCCACACCAUCUCUCAAUGGUGAAACUAUAUCGAUGGAUCCAAAGACGAUGUCUGCCGUAAGAGCGGGUAAUGUAAAUUACCUGAGAGAUAACUACAGCUACGUUAGACUUGCUCCACGCUUAGUGACCAAUCAUGGAAAUACAAUGCUUCAUCUUGCUGCAUCAUCGGGUCAUGCCAGUCUAGUCCGUUAUCUGAUCAACCAAUGCCCAAGUUUGCUGAUGAAGUCAAACCUGAUGGAUGAAGUUGUUCUCCAUGUUGCAGCAAGAACAGGCCAUCUUGAUGUUAUGUUGAAUCUAGUUGAUUUCAUAAUAGAGAUAUCUCGUAAUGCUGUCGGUGUUGCAAAAAGGAUAUAUUUUGCUAAGAACAAAAACCAAGACACUGCUUUGCAUGUUGCCUUAAAAGAGAAACACAUGUUGGUCGCUUCCUAUUUGGUCUCUACAGAGAAAGAUUUGUCUUUCGUUGCCAACAGCGAUGGGUUUUCUCCCUUGUACCUUGCUAUAGAAGCUGGACAGGCAGAUCUUGUAACAGCUAUGUGUCACCAAUCAUCUGAUUUACGUUCAAAGGUUGGAGGAAGAUCCAUCGUACAUGCGGCACUGAAAGCUAAGAGGAAAGAUAUCCUUACUGCUUUACUCAGAAAAGAUGCAAGUCUUAUUGACUUGAGAGAUGAAGGACGGACUUGUCUUUCUUUUGGAGCGUCCAUAGGAUAUUAUGAAGGGAUCUGCUAUCUCUUGGACAAAUAUCUAGACAUGGUUUAUCUCAGCGAUGAUGAUGGCUUGUUUCCCAUUCAUAUGGCGGCCAAAUAUGGCCAUGUCAAAAUUCUUGAGGAAAUACUUAAACGUUGUCCAGAGGCACUUGAGCUGCUUGACAAAGACGGUCAAAAUGUUCUUCACGUUGCAGCAAGGAAUGGAAAACUUGAACCCAUCAAGUUUAUCCUAAGAAUUUAUAAGGAUAAGAACAAGAAAAAGUUGGUUAAUGAACAAGAUGUGGAUGGAAAUACACCGUUGCAUCUAGCCACCAAAAAUUGGCACCCUAAAGUUGUUAGUAUGCUUACUUGGGACAAUAGAGUUGACCUUACGAAAACAAACAACAAGGGUUUCACAGCUUUGGAUGUCGCCGAGGAUAACAUUGUUUCAAACUAUGUAUUCCAUCAGAGAUUGACUUGGUUGGCUUUGCGGAGUGGUGGUACACCAAGGAGUCCAACUACAAAUGAUCGUAGAAUAAUCAUGAAGUUAGCAGAUGGUGGGAGGUACAAAGAUCAAGUCAAUACUCUUCUGCUGGUUGCAACUCUUGUAGCCACCAUGACUUUUACUGCAGGACUCACAUUACCAGGUGGUUACAACGGUUCUGCUCCCAACUUGGGAAUGGCCGUUUUGACCAAGAAAACAGCUUUCCAAGUCUUUCUUGUAUGCGAUACAUUGGCAAUGUACUCUUCCAUCAUUAUUAUAGUUGCCCUCCUUUGGGCACAGCUCGGUGAUAUUUCUAUCAUACUCAAAGCGUUCUACAUGGCACUUCCAUUUCUCGGACUUGCGCUUACGUCAAUGUCGAUAGCGUUUAUGGCUGGCACAUAUGCAGCGGUAAGCCACGUCCCUUUGCUUGGUUGCUUCGUUUUGGGUAUCGGUGUCAUCUUCCUGCUGGUCUUGUUGCUGUUCCUUGUUCCUUACGUGGCUCCAAUUGGUAAUAUCCAAUCCAUUCUCGGACACCUUUUAUACUACCCCUAUUUCCUUAGGCUUUUGGCUGCUGGUGACAACAUCAACAAUAAUGACUAGAGAAUCCUGGCUAAGCAACUUUCAGGUUUCUUGUUAGUAACUCUGACCUCCAAAUAAAACUUAACUUUCAUGGUUAUCUUUAUAUAUAAAGUUGGGUUUGCUUCCCUCCUAGGCUGUCCACGUAGGUGGACACGUCACUAAUUCGAGUCUUGAGAAGCCGACACGUAUCUCUUUUAUUCGAUCCGCUGCGUUUCAUUUAUUCGUUUGGGCUUUGUGUUAAAUGUUAUUUUUAUAUUGUAAACUAAAUUGUGAUAUAUUUUCGUAAUAAUUAACUUAAUAUAGUAAUAUGUUUGACAUUUUCAUACA